AUGGCGAGUUACUUUAACAUGAACGAAUUCAGUGUAGAACAACUUUUGGCUCUCAAUAGUAUCAUAGACAGUGAUGAGGAUAUGGAUACAAGAAUAGAAGACAUCUUGGAGAACAGAAACUACAGGAUUGCUCCCGAUGACAAGGGCGAAAGCCCAUUCCAGGGAGAAAAACAGUUCAUAGACGAAUACGAUCGUGAUAUGGAAACAAAGAAGCCAAGACGCAUACCUAAGAACUAUAAGGGUAAAAGAGGAAUUAUGCAAACGUGGAAGUACUCUGACAGACAAAAAGCUAAGGCGCUACUUGUAGAGGAGGCAUACCAGAGUUUACUAUCUAAGGGAGUUCAAGGACUGCCACCAACAAUGGGAGGUAGAUGGCGUACAGACAAUGUUCUUGUUAAUGAGGAAAUUAAGAGAAUCGAAAACGAAAGGAAUCCUAAGGUAAAGCGUCCCAGAGGUAGACCACCAAAGGCAAAGGUUGAUGCUGAAGUGAAGGUGCCAAAGAAGAGAGGUAGACCACCAAAGGGAAAGGUUGAUGCUGAAGUGAAGGUGCCAAAGAAGAGAGGCAGACCACCAAAGGCAAAGACUGAUGUUAAGGCCAGGAAGCAAACUGUAGCCGAAAGAUUCCUGAAUCAGAAGAAGGUAAAACUCUCAGUGCCUGCAGAUAGUGUCAUAACUCCAACAGGUCCAGGUAAGUUCACAGUUCACGUGGAUCUUAAUAAGAGACCUGUGAGGAAAGCUCCUGAGGUACCUAAGGGUGUAGCUCCAUGGAGACCAAUACCUAAGCCUAGAACGGUACUUCCUAAGGAAAGACCUGUACCGAAACCUAGAACUAAGCUUUCUAAGGAAAGACCUGUACCGAAACCCAGGACUAGGAAACCAGUGUCUCCUCCUAAGGUCCGUAAGCCUGUAAGGGUGUCGAGGGAAGUCAAGGAGCAGCCUAUAGUGGUUACACUAGAGGAACACGAAAUAGAUCCAUUUGGAACAGACCUUGAAAAGCCAUUCCAUAGGAAAAUAGAAACAGCCGCAAAUGGAGCCGCUGUGAUUCACUCGAUAACUCCUCAUUAUAUGGACCCUCUGGACCAGAUGACUGCAAGUAGACAGGUAUAUAGUGAGAGGAAUACUUGUGAAUGA